AUCUUUUUUUUUUCUCUUCGAAUAGCUGCCGUCAUCCAGGCCGCGUCCAAUCCUUUAGUUAUGAAUCCCUACGCUUCAACCCCUCGCUUAUCUAAAGGCAUACUACAACAGCACAUCGUUUCCGAAUCAAAUUCUCAUCUAUCUUCGAUUAUCCAACAAAUGGUCGAGGCAAGUCCAUUGCCUUUAGACGAGAUUUCCAACGCUCCUGGCUCGGUUCGCCAUCAUAUAUGUAGACCGAGUCAUCGCGACAAAGCUACCAAUACCCUAUCCGAGACAUUACUAUUCUAUAUCUAUCAAACUACACGACAUGGACCACAGAACGGAUUUCGGCUUUGCAUGAUACACCGUGGAUAUUGUGUUGGCCCGUCGGAUCAACCCAACUCCAACGAGGAAGACGAUGUAGAUCUUUUAGAGAAGCCUAUUCCUCAGGGACAUGUAGAACUUUGCAUUUUAGGCCUUCGACCUACAUCUAUUUCUAAGGACUCGGAACCAUAGCAUAUCUACCGAAGUCCUAGAACUCAGACCGAGAAUGUUGACCACUCCAUAGGAAUUAUAUUCCAAAUACUCG